CCUCUGACAUGCAGAUUCAAACAACUGAACCCUUGGGGAUUAUUCUCUAGUGUUCUGUGCAUCCUCUGGCGGUCAAGCGCUGAAGUGGACUGCUGUGUGGCAAUGGGAGAUGAGAGGCGCAUGACGCGGAUGCUGUUGGAAUGCAGUCUCAGUGACAAGUUGUGUAUUGUCCGGGAGCAGCAGUAUGAAAUCAUCAUCAUCCCAACCCUUCUGGUUGGGAUCUUCCUCAUUCUCCUUGGGGUCAUCCUGUGGCUUUUCAUCCGAGAACAAAGAGAGCACCAGCAGUCUCCUGGACUACAAGGUGUUGCCCACGUGCCUCCAUCUAGGGACCUAAGCUGGGAAGCAGCAAGACCUGAAGGAAGUGUGUUUGUACCACUUAAGGAGACAUCGGUGGAAAGCCUUCUACGAACUUCCACACAUGCCCUGGCUAAGCUGCAGGUGCCCCGGGAGCACCUCUCUGAAGUUCUGGAGCAAAUCCACAAUGGUAGUUUUGGGACCAUCUACCGAACCAAGAUAUAUACUGGGGACCCUGAUAAGCCCAAGAGUGUUGUCCUCAAGGCUUUAAAAGAACCAGCUGGGCUCCAAGAGGUGCAGGAGUUCUUAGGGCAAAUCCGGUUCUAUCAGUACCUGGGGAAGCACAAGAACCUGGUACAGCUGGAAGGCUGCUGCACAGAAGGGCUGCCACUCUAUAUGGUGUUGGAGGAUGUGGCCCAGGGGGACCUGCUCAGCUUUCUCUGGACCUGUCGCCGGGACGUGAUGACCAUGGAUGGCCUUCCCUAUGACCUCACAGAAAAACAAAUAUAUCACAUUGGGAAGCAGGUCCUUUUGGCUGUGGAAUUUCUCCAGGAUAAGCAUCUGUUCCAUGGGGAUGUGGCAGCCAGGAAUAUCCUGAUCCAGUGUGAUCUCACUGCUAAACUCUGCGGACUGGGCCUGGCUUAUGAAGUCCACUCCCGAGGGGCCAUCUCGUCUACUCGCACCGUACCUCUCAAGUGGCUUGCCCCAGAACGGCUUCUGCUGAGACCAGCUGGCAUCAAAGGAGACAUCUGGUCUUUUGGGAUACUGCUCUACGAGAUGGUGACUCUAGGGGCACCUCCAUAUCCUGAAGUCCCUCCUACCAGCGUCCUACAGUAUCUCCAAAGAAGGAAAAUCAUGAAGAGACCCAGUAGCUGCACACACACCAUGUACGGUCUCAUGAAGUCCUGCUGGCGUUGGAGUGAGGACAGCCGCCCCUCACUUAGAGAGCUACACUCACGCCUAGAAACUGCCGCUCGAACUGCAAAUGACAAGGCUGUGUUGCAAGUACCAGAGUUGGUGGUGCCUGAAUUGUACGCAGCUGUGGCAGGCGUCAGCGUGGAGAGUCUCUCCUAUAGCUAUAGCAUCCUUUGAAGAUCCCGGGGCAACACAUAUUU